AUAAUGGGUAGGUUGAAUGGUAAAGGGCGUGCUGUAAAUGAACAAAUUCACAAGGGCCGUGUAUCGAGGUGCUGUAGCUGCCCCUGUACCCUCUACAUAAACAAACAAGGCACACAAACUGCUAGAAAGAUUCUAAAUCAACAACAACAACAAGGCAACAAAAACAUUGAGCAAAUUCCAUCUAACAUGAAGAUGAGAUCGAGGUGUUGGAGUAUUUGGCAGACACUACAGUUCUGCACAUCAUCUGUGACCAAUAAGGUUAUUCCAAAGAAUUUAAAGGGGCGAAGCAAAAGCUCACAAGAUUGGUUAACCAGACAGCUGAAUGAUCCAUAUGUGAAGCUUGCAAAACAUAAUCAGUUUCGGGCUCGUAGUGCUUUCAAGUUGUUAGAGAUUACCGAAAAACACAAGAUCAUAAAGCCUGGACAGGUGGUGCUAGAAUGUGGUGCUGCUCCUGGUGCCUGGACUCAGGUAGCUGUCACUGGAACAAAUAGUCUACCUCAAGAUAAAAAUAAGCCUCAAGGAAUGGUGGUUGCUGUUGAUAUUUUAGCCAUUUACCCACUGCCUGGGGCAACGUUACUCGGCGGGAAGGACUUCACACAAAAGGAAACACACCAGGAAAUACUAAAUAUACUACAGGGAAGGAAAAUUGAUGUAGUGCUUUCCGACAUGGCUCCAAAUGCUUCAGGCAUCAAGGAACUCGACCAUGAGAACAUCAUCACACUUGCAUAUUCUGCUUUAACAUUUGCCAUUCAACAUUCUGCAUUAGAUGCCACUUUUCUCUGCAAGUUAUCUUUUUCUACAGAUAUGGGAAGGCCAUAGGGACGGCAAACUUGUGAGUGACAUGGAAAAGUUCUACCGAACAGUUAAAGUCGUUAAACCACCAUCCAGUAGAAGUGAAUCUUCAGAAAAAUUUUUGCUUGGUAAAAUGUUCUGUGGCUUAGGUACUAAGUAAACAUUUAAACACUUUUUUAUUGUACUAUUUAUAUUGUAUUAUAUAAUAAAUACUGUAACUAUCAAAAUAGGUUUGUGCAAUUUUCUAAAGCCUCUCAUUUGUAAGAAUGCAAUUUUUGUGAGUACCACUCUUAUAUUUAACCUCAAAACAUAAAAUACUGAAGAAACUGGAAAUUGCUUAGAACACGUGUUCCCAGUUGUCAUGAACAGGAAUCCUUUACAUAGGCUUAUCAGUAUUCCCUUAGGUUUACUGACCUUUCCCAGGAUACAACCCACAACAGUUACAGUUACCUAACUCUCAGGUACACUAUUUUACUGCCAGGUGGACAAAGGCAUCAGGUGAAAAUGAAACAAACCCAACUGUGUUUGUCCUGCCCAGGGGCUGAACAUGGUCCCUCAAGUGUGGACCAAGAAUGUAGACCAAUGUGCUACAGGACUUGUGUAGCAUGCUAUAUAUACACUAUAUAAAAUGUGUACACUUAACUAUUGUACUUGGAGUGGUUUCUGCAAGUUUUUCUCUUCCCCAUGACAGGAUUUACAUAAAUCAGGAAGCUUAAAAGGACCAUAAUGGCAUUAUAUGCACC